ACUUCUUAAUACGACUUGGAUUGUUAAUAACGAGAUAUUGACUAUUUUCUGCCUUGGCCUUGAAAACAAUAAACACUUAAGCAUUUCAUUCUCAUAGCUUCUCCUUUGAUCCUCAAAACCGUGUGCUUAGAUUUCAACACCUACUCCCUGCCAUCAAAUCUUGCUAUUCUUUUCUGGGUUUGAUUUUCAUAAAGAUGACGAAAGAUAAGAAAAUCGGUGUAGCAGUGGAUUACUCCAAGGGAAGCAAAGCAGCUCUGAAAUGGUCCAUCGACAAUCUGUUAAACCAAGGGGAUACCCUUUACCUCAUCCAUGUCAAACCCCAUCAGAGCGACGAGUCUCGCAACCUUCUUUGGUCUACAUCCGGCUCACCUUUGAUUCCAUUAUCGGAGUUCAGAGAGAAGGAAGUGAUGAAACAUUAUGAGGUGGAACCUGAUCCUGAGAUUUUGGAUUUGGUUGAUAUUGCUUCCAGGCAGAAACAGGGGACUCUUGUGGCUAAGAUUUACUGGGGUGAUGCCAGGGAUAAAAUAUGUGAAUCCGUUGAAGACUUGAAGCUUGACUGUUUGGUAAUGGGCAGCAGAGGCCUUGGCACCAUUCAAAGGGUACUGAUCGGAAGUGUGAGCAAUUAUGUGAUGGUAAAUGCAACUUGUCCUGUAACAAUUGUGAAGGAUCCUAGUGCUCAUGGAUUUUGAUCACAAAUGUCUGAAAUUACUUUUCUGCAAUAGUAUAUGCAUCUUUGGAAAUAAUUGAUGUGCCUUGUUUCUAUUUCUAUGUGAGUGAUUUAUGUAUGUAUGUAUGGACAUCUUGAUUCUCAGAUUGUACUCGGAUCCUGAGAGACUGCUUAAUUAAGAUCAGUUCCACAUGUUGCGACAUUGUCCAUGGUUUGGAUUAAAGUAACCAUGUUCUACAA